GCCACGGUAACCGUUGGUUUGUUUACUCCGCCGCAGAGAGGAAGCUCCGACUGAUUCCGAAGCUCUACCUCUGCUGUCAGGAGAACCAUGUCUGUCCAGGACCACCGCCUCCAGACGUUUGCCAGAUCGGAUGUCUGCAACGUGGAGGCGGCGAUGAGCCGCGCUGAGCUCUUCAGAGCAGAAUGCAACAGGCUGAUCCUGGAGACGGAGAAGGCGUGCAAACGUCUGCAGGAUGAGGACAGCAAGCAUCUCGAGCAGCGCCUCAAAGACAUCCAGUUCCAGAAGAAGGAGCUGGAGCUGAGGCUGGAGGAGAUCCUCUCAGAGACCCAGGACCUAAAAGCCUUACAGGGCCGAGUGAGGAAGGCCCAGGAGACGAACAAGGAGGCGCGGAAAGUCAACAUUCUCUGUCUGGACGAAAGGAGGAAGGUGGCUCCUUGUGGGAAGAUGCACGACGAGGUGAACAGUGAGCUGCUGAAAGAGAAGCAGACCCUGGAGGAAGUAGCUUCUCUGCUUCACACUGUGCAGGAACAGAUCUCUGAGCAGAUAAGGCUGAACAUGUCGGCUAAGUACAGUUUAGAAGUUGAUCUGAAGGAGAAGUUCCAGGCUGAAAGCAUCGACGGCUCCUGCAGCCUGAUGAGCGUUCGCUCCGUCGCUGAGCUGCACACGUCCAAACCAAACAUCAGGGAUCAGAAAAGGCUGAUGUUCUUCUUGCUCUUCAGCUCCACAGUGAGUCCAAAGCAGUGGGAGGACGUCUCUGAGCUGAACAUGACGAAGGCGGAGCAGCAGAAGAGCAACUCUUUGACCCUGAAGGCCCUGGUGGAGUCGGUGCUGGUGCAGACGGCUGCUGACACGCAGGCGCAGUUCAAGGCGACGAGGGAAGCCCUGCAGCUCAACAUCCAGCAGGUCAAGACUGUCAAGAGCCAGCUGGAGGAGCAACUGCCCAAGGUCCAGUCUGAGAUCAGCAACCAGCAGCGGGUCAGAGAGGACCUCCAGGCCGCCAUCGCAGAGAAGGAGCGCUUCCUGAGCGUGGCCCACUCCCGCCUGGCUCUGCGCCAUCAGAGGCCCAGCAAAGAGCGCUGCAGCGACUCGGCUCAGACCCAGCUCCUGGCUGAGGUCCAGCAGCUCGCCGCUCACAUCCACAUGCUGCGUCAGGAGGUGGCCCGGUCCGAGGAGGAGCAGCGGGCGCUGGUUCGCUGCCAGCUGGAGCUGAAGAAGAGCAUCGACACCAAGGCCGAGUCCCUCUACAUCGAUGAGGUAGUCUGCAUGCAGCACAGGGACGCCAUCCUCAUCCCUGACCUCUGACCUAUUGGCAGGAAGAAGGCUUCAGGUUCUUAUUCCUCUGAUUGGUUCUCUGAUUGAUUCAGCAGAUACAGUCAGAUGAAGAGCAGCAUCUCAGCUAAGCUUCUUUCUACAACAUGCUUCAGGUUUUAUGGUUCAUUUUUAUUUCAUCAGCUCUAUUUUGUAAAGUUGAGCUUAUUGUUCUUAUUUCUCAGUUAUUUUGAUUUCUGUUGUUGUUGUUCAGUAGAUUUUUG